GGGUGCGCUACAAUGAGAGGCUCCACAUCUCGAUGUGCAGUCUCCCUGAAAUAAAUGUUCAUCAGCUGGCACGGCUCGAUACGGGAUGCUUGUCCUCUACUGAAGCAUCUGCUCUGUCGGGUACGCAGCGCUAGGCCGCUUAGGGCACGAAACUCACCGAAGGGGUCAAAGCGUCAUGGUAGUGAAACCUUCAUUGCAGGCCACUAAGAUAGAACAGAUAGAAUGUAGAUGUAGACAUGAACGCGCACAAUGUCGCGCGCUUCAAUCGAGCUCGAGACUGUCAACAAACCCGAACCUGCGUUCACCGCAAAGGCAAGCCAAGCCUCCAAAUAUACUGCUCCUUCUAUCGUAAGCGACCAUGAUGGGAUCCCAUUGCGGCCACUUGAGCGUACAAUUACCGUUACCUCCAACAGCAGGACAGCAGUCAUUAUUACCGCAGUGACGCUCAUUACGGCCAUCAGUACGCUUCUUAAUGGUGUCACUACAGUCGCCCUGCCGACUAUGGCACGGGAGCUUUCUAUCCCGGACGCUCUACUGUUUUGGCCGUCGUCGAUACAGGCACUUACGAACGGCUGCACCUUGUUACUCUCCGGCACUAUCACCGAUGCACUGGGAAGCAGGUUCAUGUACCUCGUAGGUUGCGUCCUGCAAGCUGGGUUCAUCCUUGGAUGCGGACUAUCGCGGAACGCAACGCAGAUCAUUAUCUUCCGUGGACUCAGCGGCGUUGCCAUCAGUCUAUGCCUACCAAGCGCGGUAAGCAUCAUUACGAGCUCGUUCGUUGGCAAGCGACGCGAUAUGGCGUUUGCAUCUAUGGGUGGUGGGCAACCGAUCGGGUUCAGUAUUGGCUUGGUGCUCGGUGGUGUACUCACGCAGACAAUUGGAUGGCGUUGGGCCUUCCAUUUGUCUGCUCUCCUUGACGUUCUAGUGUUCUUCAUUGCACUAUGGGGCUUGCCCAAGGAGAUUGACAACCCUCCCAAUACGGACGGCGGCCCAGCAACUUCUAAUUGGGCUCAGAAGCUGGAGAGACUGCGAACGGAAAUUGACUGGGUAGGCGCUGUCAUUGCAAGUUCGAGUCUGGCGAUGUUGUCAUAUGCCAUGGCAGCCCUUACCGGAAGUACAGCAGAUAUCAAGCAACCAGCGACAAUGGCUCUGCUAAGCGUAGCUAUCGCGCUGAUACCUGGGUUCGUGUUCUGGGUGGCCAGGCAAGAGAAGCUGGGUAACCCUGCACUCAUUCCAAACACCCUCUGGCGGAACAAGGUCUUCACCACUAUCUGUGUCGCUGUCUUCCUGACAUGGGGCAGUUUCAAUGCGUUGGAGCAGAUACUUACCUUCUACUUCCAGUAUGUGCAGGGUCUCAACCCAAUACAAGCGUCUAUUCGCUUCCUGCCUGCGCCAGUGUCCGGAGCGCUGUCCAACAUAGCGAUAGGGUUGAUCGUACACCGCGUGCAAGCCAACUACCUUGUCUUGGGAGGCUGCAUUCUAAGCAUUGUCGCGCCUUUGGUUAUGGUAGCUGCAACGCCAUACUCAAACUACUGGGCUACUGGCUUUCUUGCAAACGUUUUCAACCCACUUGGCGCGGACAGCCUGUUCACGAUCUCGAAUUUACUGAUCACGUCUGUCUUUCCUGCCAAGACUCAAGCGCUUGCCGGCGGCGUUUUCAACACAGUCUCGCAGAUUGGAAAGUCUGUGGGUCUGGCACUCGUAGCAGUCAUCGCCUCCUCGAUAACCGCACGCUCGCCAUACGCAGAUAAGCGGAGUCCUGAAGCGCUGAUGCAAGGCUAUCGAGCGACUUUCUGGUUUGUUUUCGCUUGCAUCUUUGCAACGGUAGUGAUAUGCCUCUGGGGGCUUCGAUCAAUUGGCAAAGUAGGUCACAAGCGUGAAUGAGCUCUUAUACAGA